ACACAAAAAGCCCGUGGUGGCCUGUUUGUCCCAACUCCAAAAGAGUUACAUAUUCUUCUCUUUUCUUUUCGUUUUGCCACCUAGCUUCUUUUUUUCUUUCCCUUCCCCACAAAGAGCUAUUAGCUAUAACUUAACAGUGACAACUUUGUUUGGGAAAAUCCAUUCAGUACCCAUAAAUGUCUCUCCAGUCACUUUCUUCAUCUGCACAUCUAAAUUGAUUGCAGUACAAAUCUGUGUGCAUUUAUGCGACCGAUCACUUGACUAUCAUCAACUCUUGGAUUGGAUUCUAGUGAUUUACUUUUGGAUCUCAAAUCCUUCAUCAUAUUUCUGGCAACUUCGAUUGCGUAACCGUAAGUUUUGUCAGUGGAAGAUGGAGAAGUAAAGUCUUCCGUUACUUUCUUGACCAUCUGGUUUGCUGAUGCUAGCUUGGUGUUGAAUCAUUAUAAAGAUUUAUAUAUAUCAGAUAGCUUCAGUUUUUGGCUGUGUCUGUUGUGCUUGUGCUCGUGCUUCUGAAGAAGAAGAAGAAGAAGAAGAAGAAGAAGAAGAAGAAGCUGGCAAAUAAGUGGUGGGAGAAAAUAGAUGUGGGAAUGGCUGGGUAUGAUUCAGGAGCAGGUUCUCGCUACUCUCAUCAUCAUCAGCUCCCCAGACCCGAGCUCCACUUACAACCUAUAUCCCUUCCUCAACAACAACAACAACACCAACACCAACAUCAACACCAGUCAACAACCCAACAACAACCCUCUGAUUCCACCGACAAAGACGACCAGAAGGCAGACCCUGCCACCAGCUCCGGCGAAGCAACCACCUCCAACCGCCGCCCCCGAGGCCGUCCUCCGGGGUCCAAAAACAAGCCAAAGCCUCCGAUCAUUGUAACAAGAGACAGCCCAAAUGCCCUCCGAUCCCACGUACUCGAAGUCUCGGCCGGUGCCGAUAUCGUCGAGAGCGUGUCCGUUUAUGCCAGGCGGAGAGGAAGAGGAGUUUCUGUUCUCAGCGGAAGCGGCACCGUUUCCAACGUCACGCUCCGUCAGCCAGCGGCUCCUGCUGGAAGCGUGGUCACACUACACGGCCGAUUCGAGAUACUUUCUCUCUCCGGGACUGUGCUUCCCCCGCCUGCGCCGCCCGGUGCUGGUGGUUUGUCCAUAUUUUUGUCUGGUGGCCAAGGGCAGGUCGUCGGAGGGAGCGUGGUGGCUCCCUUGUUGGCUUCUGGUCCGGUUGUUUUGAUGGCGGCAUCGUUUGCAAAUGCUGUGUUUGAGCGGUUACCCUUGGAGGAGGAGGAAGGAGGAGGAGGAGGAGCUGCUCAGGUCCAACCAGCUGCGUCACAAUCUUCAGGCGUUACUGGUGGUGGAGGCGGCGGCGGUGGCGGUGGUGGUGGCAGUGCUGGUGGUGUUUCUUUGUUUGGAAUGGGAGGAAACGUGCCUAACUAUUCAUUUUCAGGUGAUCUGUUUGGAUGGGGUACUGGUGGUGGUGGAAGUGGUGGUGGUGGUGGUGGUGGUGGUGGUGCAAGGCCUCCUCCUUUUUAAUGGGUUGAUUUGAUGAUUUGAUUCUCAAGUUGACUUUGGAUGAUGGAACUGAUGAAGACGAGAGGAAAAAUACAUUAAGCGAGUAGUUUUUGUUUUUGUGCAUGUGAUUAAAAAAGAAAAAACAAAAAUUGUAGUAAUGAUCUGUAUAGAUAUUGAAGAAAAUUGGUCCUGUUUUCAUGACUUGACUUGUUUCAGUGGGGGUUUGAUGAAGAUGUGAAGCUGUGAUCUUAAUAUGAAGGCCUGAGCUGGUUUUCCUUUCGAAAGUGUGGUGAUUAAGGACUUGUUCAUCAAGGUCAGUAAGUUCAACUUCCAUGUAUGAAAAUUGUUGUUAGUAUUUAAUUACAGACUUUUCCUAAUUUGGUCCCUUCUUCAAUUUCUUUCUUUCUUUUUUCUUUUUUCAUUUAGCUUUGAUUUUUCCUAUAUGUUAAUUUUGUGAUGAUGAAAUCAUUUGUUUCCUUUCGAUGAGAAUAUAGAAGAAUGUGUUUUAGGUUUAUGAAUUUUGAAAUAAAACUGCCAACAAGCAAGUGAAAUAAAGAUA